AACAGUACCUAAAAAUAUCUUCAGCGUAAUCUUUAUAAAUAAUUACUGUGGCUGUUAAGAAACUGAAUGUGCUGCAAGUAACUAGCUGUAAUUACCUUGUUAUUCAUUAUGAACAAUUGAAGCAUUUCAUUUUACCUUUUUUGUGACUUUGGAAUUAAUCAGAUUAUAAAAGCUGCACUGGAUUCAAGAAGGCUUCCUUUGUUGUUGACUGAAUAGAGCAAUCUUCUUUCUUCACAGGUUUUAGUGAGUUUUAAUGACUGGACAUCGUUAUGAGAUGUCGUCCUCAGGUACUUCGUUUGUACAAAUCAAAUUCAGUGAUUUGGAAUGCUUUGAAAACUGUGGUGGUGGAAGCUUUGGAAGUGUUUAUCGAGCCAAGUGGAUAUCACAGAAUAAGGAAGUUGCUGUAAAGAAACUUCUUAAAAUAGAGAAGGAGGCUGAAAUCCUUAGCGUUCUCAGUCACAGAAACAUUAUUCAGUUCUAUGGAGCUGUACUGGAACCUCCCAAUUACUGCAUAGUAACAGAGUAUGCCAAUGGAGGAUCAUUAUAUGAUUACCUGUCCAGUGAUGAAAGUGAAGAAAUCGACAUGAAUCAGGUUAUGACCUGGGCGACAGAUAUUGCCAAAGGCAUGCAUUAUCUACAAAUGGAAGCUCCUGUAAAAGUAAUCCACAGAGACCUCAAAUCAAGAAAUGUUGUCAUAGCUCCAGACAGAGUAUUAAAGAUCUGUGACUUUGGUGCUUCAAGGUUCCAUUCUCAUACAACACACAUGUCCUUGGUAGGAACAUUUCCUUGGAUGGCGCCAGAAGUUAUACAGAGUUUACCUGUAUCUGAAACCUGUGACACAUACUCUUAUGGUGUUGUUUUGUGGGAAAUGUUGACAAGAGAGGUCCCCUUCAAAGGUUUGGAAGGCUUGCAAGUAGCCUGGCUUGUGGUGGAGAAAAAUGAGAGGUUAACAAUUCCCAGCAGUUGUCCUACAAGUUUUGCAGAAUUAAUGCGACAGUGUUGGGAAAUAGACCCUAAGAAAAGGCCGUCUUUUAAACAGAUUCUUGUAACGCUGGAGUCCAUGUCAAAUGACAGCAAGCUGCCAGAGCAAUGCAAUUCCUUUCUUCACAACAAGGCAGAGUGGAGAUGUGAAAUUGAGGCAACUUUAGAGAGGCUGAAGAAGCUGGAACGUGAUUUAAGUACAAAGGAGCAGGAACUGAAAGAACGUGAAAGACGGUUGAAAGUAUGGGAACAGAAGUUAAUAGACCAGUCAAAUACUCCAUUGCUGCCUUCAUUUGACAUAUAUUCUUGGACAGAAGAUGACGUGCACUUUUGGAUGCAGCAGCUGUUUUCAGAAGGAGCCACAUCCCUUGAAAUGGAAAGCUAUGCUAAUUUGUUUAAGGAACAUCACAUCACAGGCAAACAACUACUGCUGCUUGGAGAGCAUGACAUGAAGGACAUAGGCAUUGUCUCCAAAGGACACAUCAUCCAUUUGAAGACUGCGAUUGAGAAGUUAACGAAUGACUACCUGAAUCUGUUUCAUUUUCCUCCACUAAUGAAGGAUGCAGAAUCAGAAGAUGAAGAGAAUGCUGAAAAAAAUGUGAAUCUUGAACUGGUUUUUGGUUAUCAUUUUAAAAAGGGGACUGGAACAAAGGACUGCAAAUGGAAAAUGUACAUGGAAGUAGAUGGAGAUGACAUUGCAAUAACAUACAUUAAAGAUGUUACCUUCAACACAAACAGACCUGAUGUGGACAUUCUAAAAAUGACUAAGCCGCCAUUUGUAAUGGAGAAAUGGAUCGUAGGAGUCACAGAUGACCAAAUGGUGGAGUGUACAGUGACAUAUGAGAAUGACGUGAAGUCCCCAAAAACAACAAAGCAUGUCCAUGCUAUUGUCUGGAGUAACAUCAGCGUUCAGGAUGAAGUAAAGACUGUAAGUCUUGUGAUACAGACUGUCACACCCGGUUUGGAAAAUGGAUUCAGAAAUGGAACCAGUGCAAAUGUUGACUCGAAGUGGUUACAUGCUUUAAAAAUUCGUCAGAUGCUCACACAGCGGUCAGCACAGCGUCCUGUUAUUUCACCUCCUACCCAAAGUACUACCAGUACAGCAAAUCUGUCUCAUAUUUUAUCAUACAACAGUAACAGAGACACAUACGCAGCAGCUCUAAGAAAACCUCGUGUGAACAGCUAUCAGUUAACAUCUGUAAAUUCAUCUAGAAGUUCUUCCCCCACAUUGCUGUCAGUCGGUGGCAAAUUGUCUUCAAUACAUUUAAAUUCUAAAGGAAGCAGUCCAUCUAGUACAACAUCUGAGAGUGCAUCUGAAAGAGAGAGAGCUGUUACAAUAAACAAGACACCUGGACAUUAUGCUGGUGAUUAUCGAGAUAGAACUGUAAGAAGAGGUGGAGGAAAAAGCCUUCGGCUUACACCUGAUAACAAGCAAAUGGAAAAAUCCACCAGAAACUUUCAAUCCUGGCGUGGUCAGCCAAAUGACCAGGACAGAAAAGCAAAGGCAGUUCAUAGGAUUAUACCAGGGAUGGUUUUUACUAAUGAUAAUCCACCAGACAGCAAAGCAGAUGGCAGUAAAGCUAAUGAAGGUGGGUGGAUUAAAGUUGAACGUCAUAAAAAAUCACAAAGACAAGAUCAGACUAAACCAUCUAGAGGAAGACCAAAGGGAAGUGGUCGUGGAAGGCGAUGAUUUCAGCACAUAGUUUCAGUUAAAUAACAACACUUUAAUAAAGAUUCAAAUCAGGGAACAGUGCCAAGUCUAAUAGCAUAACAAUGAACAGAAUAAGGAGAAGAAAGAAACUUUUCUUUACUUCACUCUUUCAUGGAGUGUCACUUUACAUGUACCCCUUAUUCUUACUGUUUCAUUACCUCUAAGGUAGCAGUACUUCAGGAUAUGUAUUUAAGUAAAAAACAAAAGUAAGGGUAACUGUGUUUUUAAUUUCUCAUGUGUAAGGUCAGUACUGUGUCAUAUCAGUCCCAAUUUAAAAGCCUAAUGUUUUGCUACUGAAUUCCUUUCCUGUGUAAAAUAAAUUUUCACAUUUUUCCGCUACCCACCCUUCUCAUUAGUGUAACUUCUGGUGUUCCUUGUCAGCACUAAGAGAUGCUCCCUUUGCAUUUAAAAGUACUUAAGCUACAUUGAAUCAUAUUAGCCAUUAUGGGGAGGGUUGGCAGAAUGCUUAAAGUUUUUACCUCAACAGAUAUAUAGUACAGGGUUUGAUUCUCACCUGUGGUUACUGGCUAAGUUUGUUUUAGUUUGCAGACUAAUUGCCUAGUGUUUACCUAUGAACCUGUAAUAUAAUUGCAAUUGUUUAUGACAUUAGGUUGAACUGAUGAAAACAUCCUCAUCAUAUUGAUGUACUGUAAUGCAGUAUAACUUGUUUAUCACAUCAUAUUUACCUAAUAUGCUGUUAUAAUGCUGACUUUCUAGCCAUGUACACCUUGGGUGGCGCUGAUAAGUUAGUGAAGGUAUCCAAUAUGACACACCAUGAAAUACAAAAAUAUGUAAUAUAUCUUAAGUGUAUAUAAGAGUAUAUGAUGCAAUGCUAUAUGGGUGAUGUUAAUUUAUAUUUUAUGAUAUAUUAUAGUGAAGAAAAUGUUUAAAUUAAUACAGACCGUUAAGUCCUCCAAGUCAUUGUUGCUAUGCAAUAAAUAUUUAUACAAGUUAAUAUAUUGAAACCCCAACAUUGUAUGGGAUGUGUUAUUUGCUAUGUUACCAUUAUUUAUCCUUUGAUUAUAUGGUUAGGUUGUAAUGUCCUGUGUUGUCUUUCCCACAGUUUGUCUCCUUGACAUACCUAUGGCAGUUCUUAUAUUUUCAGGUUUACCUCAUUCUCUCAAGUUUUUUUCACAUUCUUGCAGUUUCACUUUGUGUUUCAUUAUCCUUACGUUUAACUCCUGUAUUUGUCAUCCAUUCUAACCAUUCCUGAGCUACAGAUGAUGUUUACCACAUUGCAAAAGAUUCUUAUACCCUUCGAUAACACCUCUGUCUCUAUUUAAUUCACAUGAUCUUGCUGUGGAAAAUACUUUACACUCAUCAAAUUACCCGUCUCUUGUGUAACCAGAUCUCCAGUCGUUGUUGUGUAAUUAUGUUGAUAUAUGCACUAGUCUUCCACGCGUACAAUGUAGCUGCAUUCAUAUAUGGUCACCAGACUACUUCUAAAUCUGAGCCUGUAAUAUCAUUACAUUGUCAUUAAAAACAUUCAUUUAGUUGUCUCAAAAUAAGAACCUAUUCAUUCAACAUUAUAAGUAAGCAGAGAGUAAUAUGGAUCAGUAAAAUGAAUCUGUUGUUGCAGUGAAAAUGUAACCCCCCUGAAUUAUCUAUUACAGGACAUUUUAGAAAUAGCAAUGCAUCUUUUGCUUGCACGUUUUCUUCUGUAUUCAGUGAUUUACCUUCAAUCCCACAAGACAUUAAAGACUAUAGAAACCUAAGGACUGGAAACUACAUCUAGAACUGCUGCAUAUUUUUAUAAAUUACAUGUGUGCUUGCUCAGAAUCUGUUGUUAUGGUUAUUAUUUUUCUUUUUUUGCAAUUUAUCAUGCUACAUUUGACUAAAAUGAUAUAAAAUAUUUAUUAUUCAAGCACAACUAUAAAUAUGCUACCAAUUUAAUUGUUACCCUUUCUGCACUCCUUGCAAAGUUCUCAUAACUGAUUAUGGCAUUUUUUUGAAAAAGUAUGCUAUAUACUAGUCCACAGGCUCUAGUAUGCCCUUCACUUUUAUUUCAUAACACACCAGAACCUUACAAGAUGAUUGUGCUGGUCUCCCAGCACAUACAUGCACAUGUUCAUCGUGUGUGUGUGUGUGUGUGUGUGUGUAUG